CUUGUAACGGUGCAACCCUCGUACAGGCUACGAGUACGGAGGAAUACUGUCCUAUCACUCAUUGCGGUUGACAGCUGCAGCUCGGGUCACCAAGAGCCGCCUGCAAGAUGUAUCUCUUUUUGUGUUGAUGUAAACAUCCCCUCCCCAUCACCGACACUCUGUUCAAGACCGUGAUUGAAGACAUGAAGAAGCUUCAUACAACCUCCCAAUUACCACUCAGUGCAAAACUAUUGAACAGCUGUGCUACUAUACCCAGACAGUGCGCGCCUCUCUCGCCUCAACGCGCCUCUUCCCUCGCAGCAUCCUCCCAGCCAGGAUCCAGCCACGCCGCCAAUACUUCCGCCUCCAGUGUACUCGUCACCACCCCCAGCCUACCUUCGUAUCCACUUUCUCUACUGGUAAACUCUACCACCAUGUCAUCCGACAUCACUCUGCGUUCACCUUCGAGCCUAAAGUCUGAGAUCCAGCCAUCUGUCUCGCCCCCGACGCUGGCUUGGCUGCAGGGGUCAUGGAACGUAACCCAUUCCACGCUCCCCAUGUGGAAGAAGAGCCGCAACGUCCGAAUCACCUAUAAACAGAUCCCCAAUACUUCACCAGCCCACCUCGACGAUCUAGUGACCUACCAGUCGCUCGACUCCACGAAACUCAAGACUGUCCGCGGCAUCGACAAGCCGUUUGACGUUCCCGGCACGGCACCCGAGCCUGCUGAAGACGCGGCGAGCCCAGCCUACCAGUGGAGAGGCAAAGGUUGGCUGGCGAUUGCGAGCUCAAAGUGGGAAAUAUUGGGAUAUGGAGACGUUCCAGGCUCGGACAACCAAUGGGUGGUCACAUACUUUGCGAAGACAUUGUUCACGCCCGCUGGCGUAGAUUUCUACUCAAGAAAGGGCGGCUUGAAUGAGGAGACCAUUGAGAAAAUCAAGGCUGCCCUUGCUGGUUUAGGCGGAGAAGUUGCGAAUUUAGCCAAGGAGAUUUUCCCCGUCAAAAUGGAUGAUGCGAGAACAGAUUGAGUUACAGCUAGCUUACAGAGGGGAUUUGGUUAUACCUGAGGCCACUAACACUGAUCCUGCAGCGCGCUCGAGAUACCCAUAUACUUGAACAUACACGCCAUGUACACGUCCAUUUAUACACAUAUCUAUACUCCGCACACAAACCCGUAAUCUUUAAUAGAACAUAUUGCGCAGAACAAUGCAGCCAAUGUCCUUUUGAG